AUGACCACGCUAGACCUGGACGAAGUGAGGGCGGCUUUCCCCGCAUUGGCCGGAGAUCGUGUGUAUUUUGAUAAUGCGGGCGGCAGUCAGGCAUUGGGGGCUGUAGCGGAUUGGAUCCGAGACUACCUCCUCAACACCAACGUCCAGCUUGGAGCCAGCUAUACCACCGGCAAGGAGUCCACCGCCCGGUACAACGAAGGCUACGCCGCCGCGGCCGAGUACAUUGGAGUGUCACCCAGCGAAAUCGUCCUCGGCCCCUCAACAAGCCAACUCUUCCGCAACGUCUCCCACGCCCUCCGCUUCUCCGAACACGACGAACUGGUCCUCUCCGCCCUCGACCACGAAGCCAACAUCGGACCCUGGGUCGACCUCGCCGUCCGCCAAAACGUCAUCAUCAAAUGGUGGCGUCCCGACCCCGACGCGCCCCCCAACCCUUUAAAUCCCUCCAAAACCAACCCCACCCUCCUAGCUUCCGACCUCCCCUCCCUCAUAACCCCCAAAACCCGCCUCGUAGCCCUCACCCACGCCAGCAACAUCCUCGGCACCAUCCACGACAUCCCCACCAUCGCAACCACCAUCCACGCCCUCAACCCGUCCACCCUCGUCUGCGUCGACGCAGUAGCCUACGCCCCGCACCGGCCCGUACACAUCCCCUCUCUCGGUGGGGUCGAUCUGUACGCUUUCUCGUGGUACAAAGUCUUUGGUCCACACCUGGCACAGUUAUACGCUUCGCCGCGGGCGAUGGGGGAGAUUAGGUCGUUGGGGCAUUUUUUUAAGGAGGGGAGGACGUUGGAGGAUAAGUUGGGGCUGGCGGGGGCUGGGUAUGAGUUGGUGAGUGGGUUGCCAGCGGUGGUGGGGUAUUUGAGGGGGAAGUGGGAGGGGAUUGAGAGGCAGGAGGGAGUGUUGGUGGGGGUGUUGUUGGGGUGGUUGAGGGGGAGGGAAGGGAAGGGGAAAGGGGGGAUCACGAUAUAUGGGGAGCGCGGGGAGGAGGAUGGGGAGAGUGAGGAGGAGAUUGGGAAGAAGAGGGUGCCGACGGUGAGUUUUACGGUGGAAGGGUGGAGUGCGAAGGAGGUGGUGGAGAGGGUGGAGGAGGAGUGUGGUGGGAGAGUUGGGAUUCGGUGGGGGUCGUUUUAUUCGGAGAGGUUGGCGAAGGAGGUGCUUGGGCUGGGGGAGGACGGGGUGGUGAGGGUUAGUAUGGUGCAUUAUAAUACUGUGGAGGAGGUGAAGACGUUGAUUGGGCUGUUGGAGAAGGUGUUGGAUGAGCGGAAGUGA